UCAGAAGGCGGAAGUGUCUGUUCUCAGCUGACAGGAAAGUCAUCUUUUGGCAAAAACAAUGUGAAAAACUGUUUUUAAUCGUGAUGGCUUCUGCACCGGAACGUCUCCGGUUAAAGGACAGAAUCGUAGCAAGUGUUGCCACGUCAGUCAAGUCGAUCCAGGAAUACCAGGUUGCAUGUGGCUGUGGAGAUGACCCAGUCACUCUCACCAAUACUGACCGCCCCUGUCAGCGACUUACAGAGAAUUUUGACCAUGUCUUCCUUCAUGGUCUGAGACACAUAAACUAUGGCUACUGGAAAGUUGUGAAGGAGUUCACCAGGAAGGAUGCUGUCAAGGAGAUCUGUCGUCUACGCAACAUCACAACAGACCUGGGGCGAGGGAGGGCAUGGUUGAUGAUGACCUUGAAUGAAUGUGUCCUUGAAAGUUACAUCCGUUGUUACCUUGACAACAAGAAGCUUGUGAAGAAACAUUAUGUGCGCGAAGCAUUUGUCCUUGAUGAACAGAGGAUGAACGUUCUACUGACCCUGACAUCAGGACUGGAGUACGCCAUUUUCCAUCUAGACUAUGAUGUGCCCUACCUUGAUCUUGGCACCUACCCACCAGGCAGUCGGUCAAGGACGAGUUCAGCUAACUCUGCUCUUCAGGACGAUGACCAUGCCUCAUUAUGCAGUAUGGACAGUAUCACCUCGACCAGGGGCCGUAAUAUGUCGUUCACUGCUGCUGUGGAAUAUACCGGUAAAAGUUGUAACGCUAUUGACACACAAAGUCAGAACAGUGAAGAUACAGGUCAGUCUAAAGGCGGGUCUGUGGACUCUGGGAUAUUGGUGAGUGAUCGCGAUAAUCAUGUGGACUACAAAAGGUCAAGUUUUCCAAGAGGUCACGAUCGCGAACUUUCAUUGGAGGAACAGGAAGAGGAGUUUAAAGUCAUUCGUGUGUCAUCAAGUAGAAAAAAGAAAAAGUCAGUGAAAAAAGGUCACGCUAAAGUUCACCGAGAGGAAGUACUUCAGGAGGAUGUGUCUGUUCUAGCGUGUCCCGACACUAUCCAACACCAGAACUCGUGCUUGUCACAGGAACCAAGCUUGUCAGAUAUUUUAGAUUUUGACGAUAGAGAUUAUAGUGAACUCCCCGAUCGUUCCCCAGGGGACGGUAUGGAGAGCAGUCAGGAAUCCUUAAAUGCCAACCUCCUACAUCGAGGUAAUGACAAAACUAAGGUCAUGGAAAACUAUAACAUUGCAUUUGUAGACAUGAGUAAAGAGGAUUUGGACUAUAAUAUAUACAAACACACGCCUAUACAGAACUCACAGUCCGACUACUUUAAUGUGUAUAAAGAUUCUCAAAACACACAUAGUGAAUCCAUCGAACACGAGGCAUUAGAUUUAGCUGCAACUUCGAAAUCCGGUGAAAGUAUAAGUGCAGUUGUUUCCUCUGUUAACGAUUUGCCUGUGAAAAACGAUAUUGGUGAGGAGAAAGGUAAAACUGUAGCCAGUAAAAGCGAACUGGGGGUUAUUGAUGAAAAAUGUUCACAACCACUGGAAGGAACCUCACAAGCCUGUGAUAAUACAGAUGGAACUGAAGAUGUUAGUGUUAAUGUUGAUAACACCAGUGAUGUAGAUUUGAAUGAACACAUCGACAAAACCCCAGAAAUACUGACUUGUGGUAAUGUAACUACAUCUUCUCCUGACAAAACAGACAUUGUAGGGAAAAGUGCAAUAAAUUCAUCAUCAUCCAAUCAGAAAUCAGCAACAUCAGAGAUGCAGGAUCGUGUGAACGACAUGAUUAACCAGACGAAUACUCACCUCGGCCGUCACAUGUUUGAGGAGGAGCCGGAAGACACUGACAUUGAGAAUGGGAAUGUGCUGGAGGAGGAGGAGAAGACUGUGGCCGGGGAAGUCAGAUUGAACAACAACACAAAGCUAUACCUGAUGUUGGACGUGUUUGAUGAUACAGACGAAGAGUUUAUCAAGGCGUUUGCUUCACGGACUGGUCACACGGAGGGAGAGGCCAAGACUGUAUUUCUGUUGGUAACUAACCGAGCCCUUCACCUGCUGUCUCAGGCUCAGAGUGACCAUCGCUUCGUCAAGGACUCAUCCAUUCCGUAUCAACAACUUGACUACAUAUCUCUUAGCCUGUCAGACCAGGUGAUCCAGAUUGUGUGUCUGAACCGAAGAAAACAGUUCUGGAUCACGACCGGGAGCCAACUUGUUACCAGGUCGAUUGUGGGGUGCCUCAGCCAGGCCAUUGACAAGGGUGGUUUUGACAUACCAAAGAUCUCUGUGUUGACCGAUGCCACAACUCAAAAGAUAGCCCUGAGGAAGUAUGCCGCCCAGGAAUGCAAGUGUGAGACAUCUGCUGUUGAAAUUUGCUGUUACUCACUGGUCCACUGGGAUGACCCGACAGCUAAGGGGGAUAACUCUGACAGUACUUACAAAGAGGGUCACCUUCUGUAUAAGAUGAACGAGGUAGGGGCAUCACUAGGCAGCACACUCCUUAGUACCGUCCAGGAUCCCGCUGCCCUCAUCUAUGGAACAUCAUGGAAACCAGCCUACGUAGUCCUCAAAGAUGGUAUGCUGUGUGUGUAUAGCAGUAAGGCGGUCAGUAAGCCUCUUCAUUUUGUCCAGCUCGGAGGAGAUGACUGUAUAGGGUGUCGCCACGCCUCGAACACUGACCGUGAUCACUGUAUCCAAGUCAUCAUGGCUUCUGGCACAACAUGGCACAUUGCCUUAGCAACAGACGUUGAGGCUAAUCAGUGGCUACAAAGUCUGUGUCGCGCUGUAGCUCAAGGGCUUGAGAAGACUCCACUGACAGUGAAUUGUCUCCCGUGCUGCCUUGUACUUACUCCGCAGAAAUUAUUGAUGUGUCACGAGGAUGUCCAGACUAGUUUCUUCAGGACGCUAGGGAGUGCUAACUUACUGGACAUCACCAACGUACUGACCGACCCAGCGGUCAGCAACUACUGUGUCUUGGAGUUUGAGUCACAUGAUCAAGGUGUUAGUGCUGACCAAUGGGUGCUGUAUUUUAAUGAUGGCUCAGAAACUCAACGCUUCAUGCAGGCUCUGUCUUCAGCAUGGUCAAUUCACUACAAGGUUGGGGUGCCGGACAUGACCAUCACAGAUGUAUCACUUCAGAAAAAUUGUCGGGACAUGGUCACCAGACUAGGUUCAUCUCUAGAGGUCAGACAGUGACCUUGACCUCGAAAGGUUAAACAGUGACAUUGGCCUUCAUAUGUUUUCUGGAAGGAUAGAACAGCAGAAGGAUUGUUGAGUUAUCUGCCUAACAGUUGUGUUCUAGAUAAAUAACCUUAUUUAAAAGUUUAACCUAUAAUCUACCGCUCAUAUAAUGUAUCUGCAUAAUUUGUAAGUGUUCAGGUUUAACUCAUUCACCCCUGAAGACACAUUUGAACUCUUCUUAUUUAAAGGUUGGAAUAGUUCAUUAUGAAACUUCAGGGGUAAAUGAGUAAAGGUUAAACCAAUUUUUUUAUUUUAUUUUUUUGAGAUUUGACUUAGUCCUGUAACAAAAUUUGUGCAAUAUAUCUAACUAAUGGUUGUACUUUUUCCCAAGGUUUACACAACAGAGGAUAAAUAUGUGUAUUGUUGGUGCAUAAUUCUACCUAUGACCAGCCAUUGUGGCCUGGCUGAUCAAAGAGGAAUAAACAUGUACUUGAUUUAUACCAAACCCUGUACCCUGAAUAUACAAAAGAGCAUCGUCAUCUGUAAAAUUUGUUUUAUCGAUGAGAUUGGCUGUUACAUGCUGUCAGAUAUAUUAUUCUGCUUUCUCUGUUAUUUUAUUUUUUCCAGUGCCAAAAAGCUUUCUUGUGAUUUAUAUUUGUAGUUUUACUUCGGUUAUGACGUUACGGAUUGGUUUAAAUGACAUUUUAGUGAUCAUGUGUUUUAAAUCUUUUUUAUAAAUAGUUGUGUGAGAGUUUAAAAUUUGUAUAAUCUGCUAGCUUUUUGGAAUUUGAAAUGCUUUUUUUCAUUUCAAAGAGGAAGUUAGUUAAAAUAUGGCGUGGUUAAGUAUUGUCCCUCCAUUUGUCAUCUUUUCUCUAUUUACCGGUACAUUUCAUAUCUUCCGUUUAUAGGUGAUCAACACAUAAAAUGCUCUGUCUUUAAAAGCAGGAUAGUGGAAUUCUUUUCUUUAACGAAAUCUGAGCAUGCUUUUGUAGUGACUCUUUGUUAGUAUCUAUAAAAAUCAUGAAUUCAAUUACCAAUAGUGCAAUCUAUAUAUAUAAAAUAGUAAUUUUCUACAUAAAAGUAUCCAGAAAGUGAUUUUUUCUGAAUUCUGUAUUCAAAAUGUCUUCACGAAUACCAAGUUGAAUGUUCAUAUAUGUAUUAUAAUGUUGAUCUAUACAUAUGCAGAAAAACAUAGCUGGUUCAAGGUUGAUAAAUAGUGGGCUAUAUUUGACGGCAACCUGCAUGUAAUGAUAACACUGAUGUUUUUAGAUUUGUAGGUAAAUGGAACUCAGGGGUGUACAAUUAAGUAGACCAAAGCUUAGAUCUAGUAGAUUUUAUGUCAGGCCCAGUUGAAAUUUUCAAAAUUUACAUUUAUGAAUCCACAGGUUUGGCUUGUAUAUACAUGUACCAGAAAAAGUAGUCAAAAAAGUGAUACUUUUCUGUGGCAUUUACGGUAAAAACAUUCAAUACAUUUAUAAGUGGAUAUUUGACAGUCGGGUAUAUCGAAGAAUCUCGCUCCAUAAUUUCUCUGCAAACAAAGGUUUGCAGCAUAGCAAUAUUGAUCUUGUUGUCUGUUCAUGAAGAGUUCACAAUGAUAAAUUCAAAAUAUGAUUUUUGUUUUAAAGAAAGUAAUGAAAGUAAUAAGUUUUAAAGCAGUAUCGUAAUUAUCCUUAGUUAAGCCCAGGGAACCAACACGUAACCCCUUCACCAAUGAAUCCCUGUAAACAGUGAUUCAAAAGGCUUCCUCCUGACGGCAAAUCCCUGUAUACAGUGAUUCAAAAGGUUUCCUCCUGCCGGCAAAUCCCUGUAUACAGGGAUUUUUGAGGGGGCUGAAUUCCUGUUAUAAAUAAACCCUAGUUACAUACAAUAUCUUCACAAUACGCUGAUAUAAGUUUGCAUAACUGAUGAUAUCCAUAAAAUAUUAAAAUAAAUUUAGUUAAUAUAAGACAUUUUGAACUUUUACAUUCUAUAUAUUAUAUAUUUUAAAAAGUGAUUUUGUGGGGGAAUAGGUCGGUGAAAAGGUUAAUAUCUGACUCAACAUAGAGGAAUGAGAUUAUUACAGAGAAGUGAUCCAGCCUUUGCUGGCAUUAAUACUGUAAUAGAUAUGGGAGGGAUUAUCACCAGGCGUGGGCUUAUUAUCCGAUAAAUGAUGUAAUGUAUUUCAGAUCAUUGUUCACUUUAUGUGAAAAAAUUAAGUUCAUGUGCCUAUUACUAUGUUGACAGAUUGAAAUAGUUUGAAUAAUUUUAAAUCUGAAAAUUGUUUUUUGUUAACUUUAUUUUCAAAUCGAGGAUUUAGUUUAUUGUGAUAUGAUCUUUGUUGAGAUAAUUUUUUGAUAGCUCCCUUGGACAUGGAUUACUUAAAGCUCUAGCGGAGUUCCUUGUCAUCUGUAACUGUUUUUGAUUAAUGUUUAUGAUAUACGUUAAUUUAUGUCAUGUGGUGAUCCUAAUUUAAUUUUUAGAAGUGUUGAAAACACGACUUAAAGUUGAGAUUUCAAAAUGCUAUGAUGUCUUUGUAUUUUAUUGAAUUGUACUUUUAAUUUCUUGUCUUUUGAAGGCGAAUUUUGUUUCCUAUCAUCUACAGAUGUAUUGACGCAUACAACAAACAGUUUCUGAGGAAGGUUUCCCUCAAAGUAUAAUCAUUGUAUUAUUGAAUCCAUUCCAGUUGUAUAUUUUAGAUUGGUGUACAUAAAAUGCUUUAAAACUUCCAAUAUUUUAUAUGAAGCUAAGACAAACCCCCAUGACUGUUACAGAUAUACCCCGGUAGCCAUUCUCCCUUGCCAUUUCACUUUAAAUAAGCUUUGUAUGAUCUUACAGUUCUGUACAUAUCAAUUGACUCUACGCAUUGAGUCAAGGUAAAACCUGUUAUCCUUUCAUUUGGUAGUAGACCUGUCCUUUACCACACAAAGAAACUGCAUGGCACUUGUAACCUUACAGCCAGUCAGAAUGGGAUUUUGCGGCAUACAGAUAUGCGAUUUGAUUGUUUAUGAUCAUCUGUCUGUUGCAGUGUUAUAUUUCCCCGUUACAUGUUAUUUAGCCAUCAUAAAUACCAAACAACAAGAAAGGCAACAAACAACUAAAACAAUUAGUGGACACUCAUCUUCGACUAAAAUCUUUACUAAAGCUAAAGAGUAGUUUUAUUAGUACACAAGUGACUGAUAGUCCAUCACAUAAACCAAUGUUCAAAUUACUGUGAUAUUACUUCUCUGGUCUCCUAGUAAAUGAACUGAUCUUUAUUACAUAUACCAGGCAAUUGUGAUUACAUGAUGGUCAAUUAUUGUUUUCAUCUGAGGACAAUGGUCUGAUAAAUUGACUGAUAUUUAUGUGUAUCCAUAUUUUACUCCAUUAAGGAUAAAAAUAAAAUAAAAUGCUAAGCUCUGUAUACUACUUGUUACAAAUAAAUGUAUUUUAAAAUUGCAUUUCUAAAAUCACAUACUUUGUACCUACAGUAUAUAUUUAUAUAUAAUGUACUCUUACCAUUCUAAAGGACUAUGUUUUAUCAAUUUCUUAAUUACAUAAAUGACACUGUCAUUUUGAAUCAUUGACAUUUUCAUAAAUGAUAUAAUCAUCAAUUUCUAUAGGGAGUUCAACCACUUUCCUGCUGUAUACAGGCAUUAUUUGUCUUUUAAAUUUAUAUUAUCCUUUAAAAUCAUACAAAGACAAAUAUUGCUUGCAAAUCUUUUUCACAGAGUUUAAACAUUUUAAAAUUGAUUUGAGUAAUAUUGCAGAAACACAGUUACAACCCGAAUAUCAUGACUGGUAGCACAGUGGAUAGGCUCCCUGCUUUGUUAUCAAGACAGAUGUUUUCCUGAUUGUUUUUCUACAUUCUCAAUAUAUUUGUAUAUAACCUUUCAUACAGUAAAUGAGCAAGUAACUCCAAGUCAGAAAAAUGCCAAACAAAAUGGAACUCUUCUUCAUUGAAGAUGCAACACAGAACACUGGGACUCUCUACCUUAAGUUCUUUUUGUUUUCUGCUUCAGUACCUCCAUUAUAUGAGUUAGCCAGAUUCACUUUAUUUUCAAAAGAAGUGAAACCUCUGGCACUAAAUAUUGUUAAUUCAAGUUUAUAUAUAAAUAAGAACUUCAUUUAUUUUACAACAAUUAUGAAACAAGUUUUCCAACUUACAUUAAUCACACGUGUUGACCAGAUGAAAGUACGCAGAAGAUCUUAGUUAAAAAUCCAGUGCACACAUGCCCUAUUUAUUGAUAACAGGAGCUAGGAUAUUUUAAGAAAUAUUUUUGAAUAUAAAUAUUGAUGUAGUAAGAUUGCUGUGUUGGUACACUUAUAAAAUCAAUGUGAUAUCACUGUGUAUUAAUUGUUAUUGCAUGACCACCACCUUAUUGACUGUUACCAUAGAGAUCUUCAGCAUUCAUUUAUUCUGUGUUUCAUGAAUUUAAAAACGUUACUUUGUCACCUUUGUUUCUGAAAUUUCAGUAAUAUUGUGACAUUUUUGGUUUCCCUCUGCAUUUUGUAACUGUGAUUAAGAAGGUUUUGAAUUUGCUAAAGGAAUAUAAUCCUAAACUAACAUGGAAAUAUAUCUGUGAUACAUGUAAUUUACAUGUGACAUAACACAUUCCUUCUAUAGGUGCUGUAGUAUAGGUUUGUAUCCAGUAGAACGUACCAGGCUCAUCUAUCAUACUAAACCUUCCCAGCUCUUGAGAGUGUAAAUCAUACCAAUUUUCUUAGCGUUCUAGCUCUCUCAUUCUUCUCAUAACAUUAUACUGUUAUUUUCUAGCUUGUAUAAAAGGUUUGUUAUUUUACUUUUAUUUAUAUUUGUCACUGUUUAAUUUAGCCAGAUAAGAUAAGAUAAAUGUUAUCUAGAGUCGGUUGGCAUUUAGAAAAAUAUAGAGCUUUUGACCGACAUUAAAUAGAGCUUUUGACCGCCAGUCGACACAAGUUUUCUGCGUCUUAAAAGUACAUUAGUGAUCUACUGCAAGUAUAUAUAUUUGAAAAAUUACAUGCUUUUCAAACAGAGAAGUACAGAUUUGUUGGAUAUUUUGUUCACACUCAAAACAUUUAACAAUAAUUAGGGGGUUGGGGGGUGUUAGCUGGGUAUUCAGCCGCUAACUGAGAUAUUCAGCCCCCAACCCAGGUAUUCAGCCGCUACCUUAGAUAUUCAGCCCCCAACCCAGGUAUUCAGCCGCUACCUUAGAUAUUCAGCCCCCAACCCAGAUAUUCAGUCACUAGUCUAGAUAUUCAACACCAACCCAGAUAUUUAGCCGCUAGCUUAGAUAUUCAGCCCCCACCCAGAUAUUCAGCCUCUAGCUUAGAUAUUUAACCCCCAACCCAUAUAUUCAGUCACUAGUCAAGAUAUUCAACACCAACCUUGAUAUUCAGCCGCUAGCUGAGAUAUUCAGCUCCAACCGAGAUAUUCAGCCCCCAACCAAGAUAUUCAGCCGCUACCUUAGAUAUUCAGCCCCCAACCCAGAUAUUCAGCCUCUAGCUUAGAUAUUCAACCCCCAACCCAGAUAUUCAGCCUCUAGCUUAGAUAUUCAGCCCCCAACAAAGAUAUUCAGCUGCUAGCUGCCUAUAGCUAAAUAUUCAGCCACCUGAUAGGGUAGGUAUUCAGCCAUAUUCAGCCAUAUUCAGCCACAAGACUUGAUAUUUAGCCCCUAGCCUAGAUAUUCAGCCCCUAGCCCAGAUAUUUAGCCCCUAGCCUAGAUAUUCAGCCCCUAGCCUAGAUAUUCAGCCCCUAGCCUAGAUAUUUAGCCCCUAGCCUAGAUAUUCAGCCCCUAGCCUAGAUAUUUAGCCCCUAGCCUAGAUAUUCAGCCCCUAGCCUAGAUAUUCAGCCCCUAGCCUAGAUAUUUAGCCCCUAGCCUAGAUAUUCAGCCCCUAGCCUAGAUAUUUAGCCCCUAGCCUAGAUAUUCAGCCCCUAGCCUAGAUAUUCAGCCCCUAGCCUAGAUAUUUAGCCCCUAGCCUAGAUAUUCAGCCCCUAGCCUAGAUAUUCAGCCCAUAGCCUAAAUAUUUAGCUAUACAGUAUCUUUCUUGUCAUUGAAGAUUUGUAUUGUAUGUAUGAUGCGAGUCUGCAAGAUUAUCUGUUACUAAAUCCAACAUGUAAUGGUCACAUUUAGUAUUGAACAGAUUACCAUAAACUAGUCAAACCUGCUCAAGAUACCACCUUUAUUUAGAGACCACUGUGUUAAUAUGUUAUAUUUUUACCAUUGUUGUCAUAGUGAAAUCUUUGUUAAAAGUCAUUUUCAAAAGAAAUUUUCGAUAAAAUUGCAUGUUGCCAAGCAUUUUACGGAAUUGUAGUUGCUGGAAGGUGAAAUUUGAAAGUUUGAAUUGUUUGAAAAUAGAAAUUAAAAAAAAAAAUGCAGGUGUCCAAAUCGGAACCAUUACAUUAGAAAGCUUACUCUUUAAAAAAGUUGCCAUACAGGAAUCAUUAAAACGACUCUAACAUGCAUUGAUCUGGACAAGUCGAUUGUGGUCUACAGAGGUGAAAAAGUGUCCGAUUCAUGGGCCCCAAAGAAUAUGAAAAAGUAUACAUCAGAAAAAAAUCUUUUAUGUUUGCUCUGUCUUUUAUAUAGAAGAGAGAAUGCUCCAAGUAAAAAACCCAGAGUGGAACUCUUCUUCACGAUUAUAACAGAGGUAGUGGUACCCUUCACCUUAAAAAAACACUUUUAAAUCUUUCCAUUGUUACCUACCGACUAUACACUAUAGUUGGCAGACAGCAUUUUAUCAAAAGAAAUGUUGUGACAAUUACCUGUUGAUUUUUUAUAUCCCCUAUAGUAAAGACUACUAUUUCACUGUUAUGGAGAUGUGAACUAUGACAAUGUAGUCAAUUUUACCUGCUUACCCAAGUAAUAUAUGCAAAUCAACUGACACUACAAUAUUAUUACAAUAAUAUUACUGACUUUAAAUGAGAUUACUGGUAUUCAUCCUGCAAUAAGCCCAUGGAGAAACACAUACUCUCAAACUCAAAGUAAAAGGAUGGGGUUACCGCAGGACAAACAAAAAAAUCUUUGAUUUGAAAUUCACAAGUUGUCCUAGGAAUAAUGGUGUUGAUAACUGAAUCUAGUUUUAAAUUUACAGGUUUAUAAAAAUUGAUGCAUUUGGUGGGUUUGCAUUUUAUUACCUGUACAUUGUUCAGUUAUCAGGUAAACCAGCUGAAAAUGAUAUCUUGGAUAGCUAUUACACACUAGGAAAUAUGGUUCCUUGCACAAUAAAACCAGUGCUUUGUA